AUGGACUCACUCGCGUCCACGCUUCCUUCUUCCUCUCCACAUUCUGGCUCCGACGCUUCUGUAGAAGCCUCACAGAAAGAAACGACCGACAGCGAGAGUAGCUCUUUGGAUGUGCCGCUUCUAGCUCCGUUCCAACUGUUUGACAAUUUCUCUCCCUUCGUAACCUGUAAGCAAAACUUUGACUCUCUGCUGGUUCCGCUGGACCAUGUAAGCCGCCUGCCGUCAGACACGUACUAUGUCGACAAUGGUCCACCAGUCUCAGCCGGAAAGAAAAGUGACCGUUUUCCCCCUACGGAUCAAGAGUACAAUCCUAAUCGCAUUCUUCUUCGAACGCAUUGCACGGCGCAUCAGAGAGACCUUAUCGACGCAGGUAUUGAAGCAGCUGUGUGGACGGCGGAGGUGAUCCGCCGCGAUGAAAUUGAUCGGUUGCAUUACCCCGUCUUUCACCAGACUGAUGGCUUUCGCCUGUUUUCCGAAAAACAGCUGCAGCAGCUCGAGUAUGAACACCAACUCCUUCUGAAGGCAGUUUCCAAAUUUGCGGGUGAUCAUAACGAUGCUUCGAGGGACGAAACGAUUGAUGGCAAUAAGCAGAUAGGGGGUGACGACGUAGGAACGAAAGCGCUGGAGGCUUGGAUUCGCGGAUCGCCAUGCCUAACCCAGGCAAACCCUUUCUUGAACAACCCGGUGACGGUCCACCUCCAGCUAACGCUUGAAAGGCUUCUUAAACAUCUCUUGGGGUCGAGCGUGCGCAUGAAAUGGGACUAUGAGACAGCGUUCCCCUUCACGGCACCCUCUGUAGAGCUCUACGUGGCCAAAGACAUGGUUAGUGCGGCGGCAGGCGAGGGCGCUGGAGGAACAGAUGAGCGGGACUUAUCAGAGGAGUGGAUUGAAGUGUUAGGUGCCGGAGAAAUUCGCCCUGAAAUUCUACAAGACAGACAGCUACUGUCGCCACGUGUGGCCCCAGACACGGAAGGCCGCUGUGAGGUUGCCAACAUGGGCAAUGCGCCAAGCGCGAACAGCUCCGACCACAGGUACCGGGGAUGGGCUUUCGGCCUGGGUUUGGAACGCUUGUGCAUGCACCUGUUCGGGAUCGAGGACAUCCGCCUUUUCUGGUCAAAGGAUCCUCGAUUUUCGGAACAGUUUGCCGAUGGCGGAGUUCGGCGUUUCGUGCCUUUCAGCAACAUGCCUCCUGUCUACAAGGAUAUUUCCUUUUGGGUGAACGAGACAACGAACGGAACCGUGACAGAGUCCGAAGCCGUUUCCAUCGCAGCAGAGAAAGUGUCUCAGCAGCAACAGGUCGGGUUUUCUCCAUCUAUCAAAGGCUGUGGACAAGCUGACGCAGGACGGCAGAAUUCAUGUGCCGCAUGGGAACGAGAACAGCGGAGAGAGACGUUCAGCGAAAUGAGCUUCUACGAGUUGUGCCGCGAAUCUGGAGGCGAUUUGGUUGAGUCGGUUAAACUAGUCGACAGCUUCGUACAUCCUAAAACAAGGCGAUUAAGCCGCUGCUACAGACUGACCUACAGAGCAAUAGACCGUACUCUCACCCACGAAGAAGUGAAUGCUAUCCAGGAAGAAGUUUACAGGCGUACGGGUCAAAUGUUUGACGUGGAGUUGAGAUAG